CCGGCAUCACGAUAUUUGUCAGUGUUCAAGUGUGGGAGCAGAAGGAAAUGUACACAUUUUGCGUUCAAAUUGUGCAAAAAUUCCACAUGCUGGUGAUUUUAGAAAGAAGCUAGGACAUGGACGAGGACCCUGAGACUCGCGAGCGUGUGUUUCACAAUGCAAUUCGAGAGCUGCUGAUUCACUUCCUGUUCUUCCUAGUCCUUUAUGUGUUUGCGUUUCUGCUAAUUUCAAAGUUCAAGAAAAAGAAAGAAUACUAUUUUGAUGAUGAUGAAGAUGCAGUCGUCUACCGUGUAUCGUUGUGGAUGUGCUAUUUCAGUCUGGCUGUUUCUUUGGGAGCAGCGUUAUUGCUUCCUGUGUCCAUCAUUAGCAAUGAGGUGUUGUUGCUUUACCCUACAAGUUUCUACAUUCAGUGGCUGAACAGCUCACUUAUUCACGGACUUUGGAAUGAAAUUUUCCUGUUUUCCAACAUUUCCAUCUUCAUCCUGUUGCCAUUUGCCUACUUUUUCACAGAGUCAGAGGGUCUGCCCGGUUCCAAAAAGGGCCUCUUGUCACGACUCUACGAGACGUUCCUUAUGUUCAUGCUUGUGGCAGCAUUGUUGUUUGGUUUGACCUUCAUCAUCUCAGCACUUUUGGACUAUGGGCAUUCAAGAAUGCAGUCAUUAUUCACUCUCUGGGGUGGGUACCUUCCAUUUUUGUACUCCUGCCUCUCCUGUUUCGGAGCGCUUCUCCUCCUGACGCAAUUUUGCACUGCUGUAUGUACGCCAGUUGGAUUUGCCAGGCUGUUCACUGUUAUUGGAGAGCUUGUGGUCAAGCCCAGGUUUCUGAGAGACAUACAGGAAGAGUAUUAUUGUACACUGAUGGAGGAAGAGGAUCUCAGAAGGAAACUGAAGCUUAUAUCACAUGAGUACCAGAUACGACCAGCAUAUACAAAUGGAACCAAUGGUACCGCCUCAGCAGUCCUCAGGCUCCAGCAGUUGGAAAAGAGGAGAAAAGAACUCGGAUUGCAGCAGUCUGUUUCUUCGUGGAGAAGGAACCUGGGGUACCCAAUCGUGAUGUUACUUCUUCUUAGCCUCACUUGCAUAUCUUUGCUCAUGGUGCUUCAUAACACAUUAGUGCUGUUGAUAGGGAUAAAAGCACUGCCUGUUUCUUCGCAGGUACGGCAAUUCUCUUUGGGAAUAAGCUCACUGUCUGCACUGGGAGUGGUUGGCUCAUCGAUAGAGAUUGUCCUCAUUCUGUACCUGUGGCUUGCCUCUGUAGUUGGUUUCUACUCCCUCCCUGGCUUUCGCAGUCUGUGCCCCAAACCUCAUUCUGCCACACUGACCCAAGUUAUUGGGAACUGUGCCAUCCUCCUCAUCUUGAGCUCAGCCUUGCCCGUCAUUUCAAGAACACUAGGUAUCACAAACUUCGACCUUCUGGGGGACUUUGGCCGCAUCGAGUGGUUGGGCAUCUUUCCAAUCAUCCUAACUUACAAUGUGAUGUUUGCUGCUGCAGCAUCACUUAGCCUUACCACUAAGUUUACAGCUGCCAUGAGAGAUGAACUCCUUGGGAGGCUCCGUGCAGUUGGCCGGGGUUCCUGGUCUUCGGUAAUAGGAAAUCCCAAAGGACAGCUAUCAAUGUGCAAAGAGGACUGAAGGCUUUUGGCCACUUGUUCUGUUUUUUUUUUGUUUUUUUUUGAGUAAUUGAAAACAAACUUUGAAGGUUAUGAUGUAAUGUGAAGAGCAAUAGCAGUCAAUGAGGUUGCCACUUCCAUGUAAGCUAUAAAUCUGUACAGGUUGCAUACAUGUUGAGCAUGCAUGUGGUAUGUGUUGCUCUCAAAAACAUUGCAACUAAUAGUGCACCUUCUAUUGCAUUUGCGUGCCUUCUUUUUGUCAGUCAUUAGUUCCUGCUCAGCUGAUACAACAAGUGUCCCUUCAGAGAACUACUUGAAAGAAAAAGAGCUUUUGACCGUAUAAUACCUUCGGGAAAACGUGAGGGCAUGCACUGUUUUUCAGUCUACUCACUAGUGCUCGUAGCACCCACAGUAGUGCUUUGUGAACAGCCAGGUAGGAUGCCUUCUAGAUUUGCAGUGGGUCCGUAGGGUAAGUAAGGACACUAAGAGUUUCUGCAUGUACCUUCCUUUCAAGAAUGUAAGAAAACACAAAUGGCAUUAGCAUGAGGGCACUUACUGGUUCAGCUAAUGGGCAAUCACAUUUUUUGGGACUGAUGAAUAGAAGCAUGUGGGUGGUAGAAGUGAGUAUCCACAGGCUGCUGUGAUGUUUUACAUGGAGUGACUUUUGCUGCAUAAGUCUUCCAGAAGCGAAGUGCCCAAGUAGUGCUGAGUGUACAGUAAUAAGAGUCUGAAGAAGAACAAAUGGAGCAAAGAAGCUACCAUACUGGCCUACAAUCUCUAGUAUGCGCUUAAUACAACCUGCGUUAAUAGUGCACAACACCUGAACAGCCCAUUCUGGCACUUGAGUACAUCCUCAAGAGUGACAUCAUGUGUUAGAUUAUCUGCCCCAACUUGAAUAGCACUAAGGUUGAAGGUCCAAGUGCCAGUCAUAAUAUGAUAUCACAAUAUAUCUCUAAUAUGUGUGUAUCGUGAAAUUGCUCAAGACAAGAACAGUGUAGGAGUUUUUAAACCAGAAAUGAAGUGUACAUGAGAAACCAUAAGCUAGACUUCUGGUUAGCAUCCGUGAGCAUAAUCGUACGUCAUGGCAAUGUCGAACGUGAUUGUGUGCAUUCUGUGAGAUGCUGAAUUUUCCUUUGUGUUUGCGUUUGAACAAAGAUCUGGAAGGUGCAGUCCGCUACGACUGUUCUCCAUUUUAUUUCCUGUGAUAUGUUUCUACACUUGCGCAUAGAAACAGUUCAAGUCUGCUCAUGCAAACUUGAUUCCACACGUGCUGUAAUGCGAAAUUUACAGUAACUGCAACUAUCGUGACGCCAUGUUACGGUAGGGUGUUCUUUAUUGCUACAAUGUUUCUUUUACCAAGUCUACUCACUUCCGAUUUUUGUCCCAAACUGUUUUUAUUUUUCAUCUUCUGUUGUCAGUGUUUGCUGGCACUGUGACAACAUGGUCAUGUAGAAAAAUGUACAUCUGGCUAUUUAAAACUUUAAGUGAUUUAAACCCUACUCGUUCUGCAUAAUAUUUACAUCGUGUACAGCGCACAUUUCUUGCAUUGCAGAGUAAUGCGCAAUUAAAAUCAUUAUGCCGACA